AUUCGAAUAGGAGGAAGAAGACACCAUCCUCAUCAACAUCAUCAUCUACCAUUAGCAACAGAUUUUCCAUUUGAGCAAUAUCCCUCAUCAGAUCCUCCCGUGAAUGAUCCAUUCAAUCAACCUUCACAGAAUUUCAGCAGCAACCGAUGGUACAAGAGGAAUGGGCAUUUCUAGCAAGUCUGGAGCAGGAAUAUGGCACAAAUCAUCCAUUUUUCUACGUUUGUCGGUUCAUGGAUGCUCUGAAGAUGGCUCAAGAAGAGCACAAGUUCAUUUUCCUGUACUUGCAGUCCCCUGAGCACCAAUUCACUCCCUUUUUCUGCAGGGAGACUUUAGGUUCUGAGCUGGUUGUUCAGUUUCUUGAUGCAAAUUUCAUUAGCUGGGGAGCACUUGCAAACAGAGGGGAGGGGUUCCAUUUGGCUUCAACAUUAAGGGUCUCCAACUUCCCAUUCUGUGCUGUGGUUGCUCCAGCUUCUGCUGGCAAUUUAGCAGUUCUGCGACAGAUUGAAGGUCCAGUCUCCCCUGCUGAAUUGGUGGAGAUACUACAAAGGACCAUGGAGGAGCAAGGACUGGCAUUUGACAGUGCAAGGGCCAACGAGGAAGAAAAAAGAAGAGCAGAUCGUAAAUUGAGAGAAGAACAAGACGUUGCCUAUGUUACAGCCCUCCAGAGAGAUCAGGAGAAGGAAAAGCUCAGGAGUUUCGCUUCAGAACAAAGAGUUUCAAAAGCUGCAAGUGCCUCCAAUUCAUCUAAUCAAGAAAAAACCAAGCCACUUCCUCUAAAGCAGCAAAACAACCAAAUCAAGGAUGGCCCAAGAGCAGGAGGAGCUAUGCAUAAAGGAAAUGCUCAAGAAACCAAGAUAUUGAUAAGGUUUCCAAAUGGGGAGAGAAGGGAACACAGCUUCUUGAGCACAGACAAGGUUCAAGCAAUUUUUAGGUACAUUAAUUCAUUAGGCUUGCCUGGAGUUGGCGGCAAUUACAGGCUAAUUUCUAACUUCCCAAGAAAGGUGUUUAGUGUUGAUCAGAUGGGAAUGACGCUGACAGAGGCAGGCCUCCAUCCAAAAGCUAGCAUGUUCUUGGAGCUUCUUUGACCAUAGAAGUUUCUUUUCCUUGUGCUUUUGUAUCCAUGACCAUCUGAAAGAAAUAUCGAAGAUGAAAAGAAAAGCUCGUGCAAAAGACUAGUUCUUAGAUAGAAGAACGUUUAGGCUGAAGUGGCUCAGGGUAACUACUGCUUUGGUGCUUGUCCUCUUCCAAAGGAUCCACCAAAUACAGUAACUAAUCCUGGACACUGAGCUAAUAAGACAGUAAAUAAUCCUGGCCAUGAAACUAAUUUAAGAUUAGU